GGACGUCGGACCCAGCUCGGUUCCCGGACUGUCCGGGCGGCAGCGGACGCCGCCGCCUCCUCGUCGCCUCAGCCUGGCGUUUUGUUCCGAGAGACCCAAGAGGCGAGCGGAGCUGACAGUGAUUUUGACAGUGAUUUAAACCCGCUUUUGUUGUUGUUGGCUUUUCGUUGUUUGGUUUUGUGUGUUGUGCGUGUGUGUGGCGGUUUUUCCCCCGUGGUGCAUUUUUUUUUUUUAUUGUUGUGCUCUCUCUUUUUUUUAUUUUUUCCUUCUUAACCCCGUGAACGUUUUUUUGGUCGGGGCUUCCGAAUAUGUUUUAUGACGGUUGAUUUUACACCAGGAGGUUUGUCUCCGAGGAAGACCCAGGGAACUGGAUAUCUAGCGAGAACUUCCUACGGAUUCCUCGGAGCCUCGGGAAAAUGGGAGCUGCUGCAAAGUUGGCGUUUGCCGUCUUUCUUAUCUCUUGUUCUUCAGGUGCUAUACUUGGUAGAUCAGAAACUCAGGAGUGUAUUUUCUAUAAUGCUAAUUGGGAAAGAGAUAGAACCAAUCGAACUGGUGUUGAACCCUGUUAUGGUGACAAAGAUAAAAGGCGACAUUGUUUUGCUACCUGGAAGAAUAUUUCUGGUUCCAUUGAAAUAGUGAAGCAAGGUUGUUGGCUGGAUGAUAUCAACUGUUAUGACAGGACUGAUUGUAUAGAAAAAAAGGACAGCCCUGAAGUAUAUUUUUGUUGCUGUGAGGGCAAUAUGUGUAACGAAAGGUUUUCCUACUUUCCAGAGAUGGAAGUUACACAGCCUACUUCGAACCCAGUUACACCUAAGCCACCCUAUUACAACAUAUUGCUCUAUUCCUUGGUGCCACUUAUGUUAAUUGCGGGGAUUGUUAUUUGUGCGUUUUGGGUGUACAGGCAUCAUAAGAUGGCCUACCCUCCUGUACUUGUUCCAACUCAAGACCCAGGACCACCCCCACCUUCUCCGUUACUAGGUUUGAAGCCACUACAGUUAUUAGAAGUGAAAGCAAGGGGAAGAUUUGGUUGUGUUUGGAAAGCCCAGUUGCUCAAUGAAUAUGUAGCUGUGAAAAUAUUUCCAAUACAGGACAAACAGUCAUGGCAAAAUGAAUAUGAAGUUUAUAGUUUACCUGGAAUGAAACAUGAGAACAUAUUACAGUUCAUUGGUGCAGAAAAACGAGGCACCAGUGUUGAUGUGGACCUUUGGCUAAUCACAGCAUUUCAUGAAAAGGGUUCACUGUCAGACUUUCUAAAGGCUAAUGUGGUCUCUUGGAACGAAUUGUGUCAUAUUGCAGAAACCAUGGCAAGAGGAUUGGCAUACUUACAUGAGGAUAUACCUGGCCUAAAAGAUGGCCACAAACCUGCCAUAUCUCACAGGGACAUCAAAAGUAAAAAUGUGCUGUUGAAAAACAACCUGACAGCUUGCAUUGCAGACUUUGGGUUGGCGUUAAAAUUUGAGGCUGGCAAGUCUGCUGGUGAUACCCAUGGACAGGUUGGUACCCGGAGGUAUAUGGCUCCAGAGGUAUUAGAGGGUGCUAUAAACUUCCAAAGGGAUGCAUUUUUGAGGAUAGAUAUGUACGCCAUGGGAUUAGUCCUGUGGGAACUGGCUUCUCGCUGUACUGCUGCAGAUGGACCUGUAGAUGAAUACAUGUUGCCAUUUGAGGAGGAAAUUGGCCAGCAUCCAUCUCUUGAAGAUAUGCAGGAAGUUGUUGUGCAUAAAAAAAAGAGGCCUGUUUUAAGAGAUUAUUGGCAGAAACAUGCUGGAAUGGCAAUGCUCUGUGAAACGAUAGAAGAAUGUUGGGAUCACGAUGCAGAAGCCAGGUUAUCAGCUGGAUGUGUAGGUGAAAGAAUUACUCAGAUGCAAAGACUUACAAAUAUCAUUACUACAGAGGACAUUGUAACAGUGGUCACGAUGGUGACAAAUGUUGACUUUCCUCCCAAAGAAUCUAGUCUAUGAUGGUUGCACCAUGUGUACACACUGAGAAACAGGACUCUGAACUGGAGCUGCUAAGCUAACGAAACUGCUUACAGUUUAUUUUCUGUGAGAAAUGCGUAGGAUGUCUCCCGGACACGUCAAGAUGACCCUCAUUUGAAAAUGUGGCUCUGGGAGACGUACAGCAUUGCCUGCAGCAGAGACGUGAAGGACGUGAGACUAAGAAAAGUUGCAGACUCUAAAGAAACUUUUGAAAAAGUGUACAUGAAGAACAUGGCCCUCUCCAAAUCAAGGAUCUUUUGGACCUGGCUAAUCAAGUGUUUGAAAACUGACAUUGGAUUUCUUAAUGUCUGUCAGAAGACACUAAUUCCUUAAAUGAACUACUGCUAUUUUUUUUUUUAAAUCAAAAACUUUUCAUUUCAGAUUUUAAAAAGGGUAACUUGUUUUUAUUGCAUUUGCUGUUGUGUUUCUAUAAAUGACUAUUGUAAUGCCAAUAUGACACAGCUUGUGAAUGUUUAGUGUGCUGCUGUUCUGUGUACAUAAACAAAGUCAUCAAAGUGGGGUACAGUAAAGAGGCUUCCAAGCAUUACUUUAACCUCCCUCAACAAGGUAUACCUCAGUUCCACGGUUGCUAAAUUAUAAAAAUUGAAAACACUAACAAAAUUUGAAUAAUAAAUUGAUCCAUGUUUUCUAACAAGGUAUUACAAAUUCACUGUGUUAUUUAAGAAAAAAAGGUAAGCUAUGCUUAGUGCCAACACUAAGCGGCCAUUUGUAAAGCAGUGUUUUAGCUUUUCUUGUGCUAGCUUGUAAUUUAAGGAAAAAAAAGUGCUGUUUUUUGAAAUGAAAAAAUGAUGUCAUUUCCCCCUUCUUCCCAUGUUUUAAAGCUUCAUCUUCUAUCCAGUUCCCAAAUUAUUGCAUACUUACCUAAGUAUUUUUUUUUUUUUUAAGGUGUGCUGUGUUUGGGGAAUAUUUGAAAAUUUAAAGCAUGAUUUAAAUUUUUUAAAGUGAGCUGUGACACUGGAAAGCUCUUCAUUUUUAUUCUUUUAAAAUAGAUUUUUUUCCUAUUUAUAUAUGUAAAAUUGUAGUGUAUUUCUUUUCACCAAACAGUGUGUGGGACAUUCUUUAUCACUGUUUAAGGAUCACCUCAGGAAGUGUCAUUACCCAGAAUUCCUCACUCUCUGCUUUGAGACUUGUAACUUUAUCACUAUAUUUCUGCUUGGUGCCAUCUUGUCAGAGUAAUAUUUGAUGUCUGUGAUACAUGAAGAAUUAUCCUAGGAUAGAGGUUUUAAAUUUUAAGCACAGAUUUCAGAUGUUACUGCUUUAAAAAAAAAAAAAUCAGGGAUAACAAGUUAAACUUACAAACUUAAAAUAUGCAAUGACAUUUAGAGGUAACCGAUGUUGAUAUAGGUAAUAUAACCUAGCCUCUUCCCAUAAAUUGCUUUCACAACUAUGAUAUUUAGAAUAGUUUCCUUGAUAAGAAAAUGGAACUGAUGGUAGGUAGGUGCCAAAGUGCUUUUAAAAACACUAUUACAUUAGAAUAUAAUUGGAUUCUUCCUCAAAUUUAUACAGGCCAAAGUAAAACAUUAAUUUCCUGAAUUUCUAGAUUACUGACCAACAAAUAGCCAGUAUUAUGCUAUGUACUUUUGUCAGGUCAUUUAAAAAUCCAUACAUUAAUUUUAUACAAGAAUUUUUUACAUGUCACUAUCAGGAGCUCACUGUGAAUGUAUUAUCUUCAAAUGGCUAUUUAACCACACAGUACACUACGUUUUACAUAUAAUGUGCACUUAAUCUCUGGGAAUAAUAAAUUAUAUUAUUUAUAGAUAAUGCAUAGGUCAACAGACUCUAAGCAGGGAGGGAAAGAAGAGUAAUAGCAUUGUUGUCUGUGUGCCACACACCAUACAGAAUUUUGUGCUCUUGGGUCACAUAUAUACCCAAGUUUUCAUUGUAUUCCUAAGAAUUCCCAUUUCAAUGUUGAGUUUCACCUCUUUAUUUCAAAAAGUACUUGACAUCUCAAUUUCUUGAUUUCGUUUUACUUCCACUUUGAAACUUACCAAGAUGGGAAAAUGACAAUGUUCAUAACAUGGAAACUGUCAAUCUCCUGAAGACCAAUUUCUACCUGUUCUAAACAUUUAAUUCUAUUUUUAAGAGUUAAAAAAAAAAAAACAAAUCAAAACAAAAACAA